CCGUAGUCUUUUGAGCUACGUCAUCUUUCGGCGACCGCUCACAUGUCAAAGCGGCGGCAGUAGGAGUGAGGCGUUUGGAGCAGGUGCAGGAACCCCUCUCCCCGUCCGUACCCCACGUCCAGCUGAUCGCUGCCCUCCUCCUCUGCCCGGCCAGCCAUGAGCGACAGCGACAGCGACGACGUCCCUGCUCUGUCCGCUCACACCCUGGCUGCCCUGCAGGAGUUCUACAACGAGACCAGGACCGGCCCCGAUCAGGACGGGGCGGCGCCGGACCCGUUCGCUGUGGGGGCCGUGGAGGAGGACUGGCGGAUGAGCCAGUUCUGGUACAGCGACGAGACGGCGGCGCUGCUGGCAGAGGAGGUCGUACGAGAAGCCGGAGAGGGAGGCAGGAUAGCGUGCCUGAGCGCGCCCAGUGUGUACCAGAAGCUGAAGCAGGGCGUGGUGGAAGGGUCCGACGCGGUGUCGGCCGUGGUGUUGGAGUACGACCGCCGCUUCGCCGCCUAUGGAGACGACUUCAUCUUCUACGACUACAACGAGCCGCUGUCGCUCCCCGCCAGCGUGGCUCCGCAGAGCUUUGACAUCGUCCUCGCCGACCCGCCUUACCUGUCCCAGGAGUGUCUGAGCAAAGUGGCCAAAACCAUCAAGUACCUGAGCAAAGGCAAAGUGCUGCUGUGCACAGGGGCCACCAUGGAGAAUGUUGCCAAAGAACUGCUGGAUGUGGAAAUGUGCAGCUUUUUGCCCAAACACAACAGAAACUUGUCCAAUGAAUUCCGCUGCUUCGUCAACUAUCCCUCCCGCCUGCCGUCGGGCUGAGAACCAAGCCUCUCGUUUCCAGGGGGAAGGGUUGAAAGACGGACGGCUGUUCAGGAGAGCGGGGAAGCAGAGAAAGUGGACACCUUCAUUAGUCAUGGAACCAGUUACCAGAGUCAUAUUGUGUAACUGUAAUUAAAUCAAAGACAUUAUUGAUU